AGGCUAGGUCGGGGGCCCAUCUCCACCAGUCCCCGUGUUUCCUCUUCCUCCGGCCCCUGUCGCCUCUCGUGCAAGCACCGCACCGGCUCUCAUCCCGUCGCCCCGUCGCCGACGCGUCCUGCCGCCGGCGCCCGACCGAUUCGCCGAUCCGCGCGCCGCCCGAAUGGAGCCGGCGGAGGCGGAGGCGGGAGGCGGCAUCGCCGCCGCGAGGAGCAGCCCGGCCGCCGUGCAGGCCACCAACGACGACGCCGCGGCGAGCAAGCUGUCCUGUGUUACCAAAGGGUACAUGAAGGAUGAUUACGUGCACCAUUUUGUUAGGCGGACAACAAAAAGGGCUCCAAUAAUCAAUCGUGGCUACUAUGCCCGCUGGUCUGUUCUUAGGAAACUUAUGCUCCAGUUCCUCAAUGCUGGGAGUGGCAGUGAUGAUCAGAAGAGGAAACAGAUAUUAUCUCUUGGCGCUGGCUUUGACACGACAUUUUUCCAGUUGCAGGAUGAAGGGCUUGCUCCAUACCUUUAUGUAGAGCUGGAUUUUCAGGAGGUAACCAGCAAAAAGGCUGCCAUCAUCAACCACUAUAAUGACAUGAAAGAAAAAUUAGGACCUGAUGCUUCUAUUUCAAUAGAAAAAGGUGAAGUGACAAGUACAAAUUACAAGCUAUUUUCUGCUGAUAUUCGUGAUAUACCGAAGCUAGACGCAGUUAUUCGCAUGGCUGAAAUGGACCCAAGCUUGCCGACCUUUAUAAUUGCAGAGUGUGUUCUAAUUUACUUAGAUCCAACUUCAACCGAUGCAAUUGUUAGUUGGGCAUCCGAAAAGUUCUCCAGUGCAAUUUUUUUCUUAUAUGAGCAGAUCCAUCCAGAUGAUGCAUUUGGGGAGCAAAUGAUUAGGAAUCUUGAGAGUAGAGGGUGCCCUCUCCUUGGCAUAAAUGCUACACCAACCUUAGGUCACAAGGAAAAACUUUUUCUCGAUCAUGGAUGGAAGAGAGCUGUUGCAAGGGAUAUGCUGAAAAUAUACAAUGAUUUCAUCGACAGUGGAGAAAGGCGUAGGAUUGAGCGGCUAGAAUUGUUUGAUGAGUUUGAGGAGUGGCAUAUGAUGCAGGUAAUUUACCAUCAGUCGAGGAAUCCUGUUUCCCAUACAAAUAUCGUUGCUAAUGUAUGUGCUUUUCUGAUCUCUGGUGCAUUACAUUAUCUGUUUCCAGGAACACUAUUGUGUUGCAUAUGGGAUAAAUGAUGCUGAGGGGAUAUUCGAUGAUUUCGGGUUCAAGGAGUAGCACUCCUCCGCUUUAGCAGCAGGCAGGCAUCAGAACCAUGGGUACCCAAGACGGUUAUUCGAACCGGCGAAGCCCCACAGAAACUUGUAGUACUUGGACCGCGAUAUCUUUUUCAGUUUACAAGGAAUCAUGGCUGUAACAUAACAUUGUACAUAUUAUGUCCGCAAGCGCGUGAACUUUUUUUCGUCCUUUGUUGUGAUGAAGCCCGUGAUCGAACUUAGUGGCACGCCUUGCUUGAUAAUCUGUUUAAUGGCUGUUGUCAGUAGCUGGAUGCUGUUGUUAGUCUGAUUAUUAUGUAAUACGAUGACAUAUGAUGUGUGGCA